CCCAGUGCGCUGUGGGAUAGUGGGCACUAUAAAGUAUAUCCUCUCUCUCGGAGAAAAGAUAAGAAGCCCGAGACCAGGAGGGGGAUGAAGAUGGCGGACGCCAAGCAGAAGAGGAACGAGCAGUUGAAGCGAUGGCUGGGCUCGGAGACGGACCUGGAGCCUCCCGUAUUGAAGAAGAAGAAGACGAAGGUGAAGUUCGAUGAUGGCGCCGUGUUUCUGGCCGCCUGCUCCAGCGGCGACACCGAGGAGGUGCUGCGAAUGCUUGACCGGGGAGCAGACAUCAACUACGCCAAUGUGGACGGUCUCACUGCCCUUCACCAGGCGUGCAUAGAUGACAAUGUUGACAUGGUGACUUUCCUGGUGGAGCACGGAGCCAGCAUCAACCAACCUGACAAUGAGGGCUGGAUCCCCCUCCACGCCGCGUCCUCCUGCGGAUACCUAGACAUAGCAGAGUAUCUUAUUAGCCAGGGUGCCAGUGUAGGAGUUGUGAACAGUGAGGGUGAGACGCCUCUUGACAUCGCUGAGGAAGAGGCGAUGGAAGAGCUAUUGCAAAAUGAAAUCAACCGACAAGGGGUGGAUAUCGAGGCGGCCCGGAAAGAGGAGGAGCGGGUCAUGCUGAGGGACGCCCGGCAGUGGCUCAACAGCGGCCAGAUCCAAGACACCCGGCACGCCAAGUCUGGAGGAACGGCUCUCCACGUAGCUGCCGCGAAGGGAUACGUCGAGGUUUUAAAGCUUUUAAUCCAAGCAGGGUAUGAUGUAAAUAUUAAGGACUAUGACGGCUGGACUCCUCUACAUGCAGCAUCACACUGGGGCAAAGAGGAGGCAUGUAGGAUACUGGUGGAGCACCUAUGUGACAUGGACCUCAUUAAUAAAAUGGGCCAGACAGCUUUUGAUGUAGCAGAUGAAGAUGUUCUGGGAUACUUAGAAGAACUACAAAAGAAACAAAAUCUUCUGAUGAGCGAGAAGAAAGAUGUUAAGAAGUCUCCUUUGAUUGAAACGACAACCACAGGAGACAACAACCAAUCACUAAAACCACUCAAGAGUAAAGAAACACUGCUUCUGGAGCCAGAAAAGAGCGCUCCACGCAUCGAGACCUUAGAACCGGAGAAGGUGGAUGAAGAAGAGGAGGGAAAGAAGGACGAAUCGAGUUGCUCCAGCGAGGAAGAGGAGGAGGAAGAUUCAGAGUCAGAGACUGAAGCAGAUAAGAGCAAGCCUUCGGCGUCAGUGAGCAACAGCACAACACCCACCCAAGCCAGCAUCACCGUCUCAUCUCCAACUAGCCCAACCAACCAGCUGACGACUCCCACCUCACCAACAAAGAAGGUCACUCAGCCUGUUGCAAAGGUCUCCGCUAAAACGGAGGAGGAGAGGAAGGACGAGUCUCCUGCGUCGUGGCGUCUAGGUUUGAGGAAGACGGGCAGCUAUGGGGCGCUGGCUGAGAUCACGGCCACCAAGGAGGCUCAGAGGGAGAAGGACACGACAGGGGUGAUGCGCUCAGCCUCGAGCCCGCGCCUCUCCUCUUCCCUGGACAACAAAGACAAAGAAAAGGAAAAGGACAAAGGAACCCGGCUUGCCUACGUGGCCCCUACUAUCCCCAGGAGACUGGCCAGUACUUCAGACAUUGACGAGAAGGAAAACAGGGAUUCCUCUGCCACUCUGAUACGUAGUGGUUCCUACACCCGGCGACGCUGGGAUGACGACCUGAAGAACAGUGAAGGAAGCGCCUCCACCAACCGAACCCCCAGCUACCAGCGAAGCACGUCCCAUACGCUAGCGCUAGGGCGGAGCGGCAGCACGCGGGACGUGCCAGCCAAGUCUUCGUCCACCUCCAGCUUGGACCCUAACACCUGUAAUACUAAACCCUGGCAGCCACCCUCCUCCCACUACCAGUCUUACAGCAUUUACCGCAGUGGCUCUUUUGGCAGAAGACACGAGGACUUGAGCUCCUCGACCACCUCCUCCUCCACGACCACCACCACCUCCUCAUCUGUUACCUCACCCACGGGCCAUCGCGGACUGCUCUCCAGCCUGGGCUCCUCCUCCACACGCACUGGCUCCACCAGUCUCACCAGCAGGUACUGGUCAGAGGAGAGUGCAGAGAGGGAAAAGGAGAAGGAAAGGGAGUCUGCUGCAGUCAUCCCCACUAUAAACACUGGCUCUACUACGACCACCACAUCUACCACUACCACCACCGGCAUAUCUACCACCGGCACAGGCAUCGGCUCUGAAAGACGCAGGUCUUAUCUGACACCUGUGCGAGACGAGGAGUCAGAGUCCCAGAGGAAAGCUCGCUCCAGACAGGCCCGACAGUCGAGAAGGUCCACCCAGGGCGUGACUCUGACUGACCUACAAGAGGCCGAGAAGACAAUCGGCAGGACUCGUCCCAUAAAGACCCGGGAGGAGGAGAAGGAGGAAAAAGAGAAGCAGGACAAGGAGAAGCAAGAAGAGAGGAAGGAGACUGAGACCAAGGAGGACGACUACCGAUCGAAGUAUCGCAGCUUUGAAGAGCGUUACCGGCCGUCAUCUUCCUCCUCCACCUCCACCAUUUCCUCAGUUAGCACUGCCUCCAACCCGUGCUACACUAGCGCCGCAUUGUCCUCCAGUUCCAGCUCCCUCAACAGGCCCAACAGUCUGUCGGGGAUCACCUCCUCCUAUAGCCGUUCCUCCAGAGAUACAGAAAAAGAAACUGACAAAAGGGAGGAGGAGAAGGAGGGAGAGGACAAAUCCCAGCCCCGCUCCAUACGGGAUCGCAGGCGGCCCCGCGAGAAGAGACGCUCCACCGGGGUUUCCUUCUGGACCCAAGAUGGUGAUGAAAAUGACCCUGAUCAGCAGUCUGACUCAGAGGAGGGAAGCACCAAGGGAGAGCCACAGAGUGACAGAUUGUCCAGGAACGAGAGCAGCACUUCAUCCAUAGAUCGCAACGACACUCUUUUUAGCCGUAGCUAUGGUGAGAGUCGGAGGCCAUACUCGAGCAGACUGGAUAGAGAUGAUACCACUGACUAUAAGAAGCUCUACGAGCAGAUCCUAGCUGAGAAUGAGAAGUUGAAGGCCCAGUUACGUGACACAGACCUGGAGCUGGCAGACUUGAAGCUACAACUAGAGAAGGCCACACAGAGGCAGGAACGCUAUGCUGACCGGUCACAGCUUGAGAUGGAGAAAAGGGAAAGAAGAGCUCUAGAAAGGAAGAUAUCUGAGAUGGAGGAGGAACUUAAGAACCUCCCCCAGGUAAAGCAGGUUCAGGCCCUGCGGCAGGUUAAGGAGCGGCUGCAGGCUGAGAACCGGGCCCUGGCCCGCGUGGUGGCAAAGCUCUCGCAGUCCGCCUGCAGCCAGCUGCCCAGCGUCGACCUCUAAGCCACGUCCGUCUGUCCACCACCAUCUCCACCUUCACCUCCUCCUCCUCCUCCUCUACUUCUUCUUCACCUCCUCUCCCCCCUCCUUUCCCAACCCCCCAUUCUUCUCAUGCUCCAUUCGCGCUCUGCCCCGCACACAUAGACAGGCAGGUGCCCAGCCGCCCAACCAUCACUGGUUUUGUAAACUCCCCC